AUGGAGUCCCCGUCGUCGCCGGCGCCAGCGACGCCACCGGCCACCGGAGAUGAUUGUUUCGCAAUGAAGAAGUGGCAAUUUAAACUGCGGAAACCUUCCCCGGCUAUUCAUUCAGCGCGACAAUGGCGUGUCGUUCAAUCCGCCAAGCCGCAACGGCGCAUGCGUGAUCAUGAUGCUCCAAUUAUGUCAACAGCGCAUCAGUUGCAUGCACAUGAGCCGUCACGCGAUGCUAUGUCGCCCUGUAGUGGAUCCCUAAACAAGACGAUGUGCACGCAAGAUGUUGAGCAGACUGUCCAGAACUGUGAUUGGAUCAGUACAUUGCCAGAUGACAUUUUAAUCAAAAUUCUUUCCCUGCUGACAGUAAGCGAUGCUGCAAUGACUGACUGUCUUUCCACUAGAUGGAGACACCUCUGGAAAAACGUUGACUGUCUCAUCUUUGACCUCUAUAGUCUCAGGAUGCCAGAGUCAGAAAUCUGUUAUUACCAUCAAAAACCAUGUCUGCGGAAAGCUCAAGUAACAAAGUUUGUUCGCAAAACGAAUGGCUUUUUGCGCAAUCAUUAUGGCAAUAGAAUCAAGGAAUUCACUAUCAGAUUCCCAUUAACCUCAGUCAAUGCUUCUGAGCUGGACCACUGGAUUCGGUUUGCAGCUUCAGCCUCUACAGAAAAACUCUGUCUUGACUUUUAUGACAAGAAUCGCUCGAGUUGCCUUGACAUUUUCCCUGAUGAGCCUUAUAACUUCAUAUUAUCACCAUUUUCAAAUGGGAGAGGUUGCCAGUUGGGCGAGCUAACUCUGUCCAACUGCAGUUUAGGAACAACGCCUGAAAAUCUCAGUGGCUUUGCUUGUCUUCAUUUCCUUAAACUCAGCCGUGUGUCAUUAGCUGAUGCAGCUGUUUCAAAUAUUAUUUCCAGUUGCUGUGCUCUCCGAAGCUUGAUUAUAGAGUUCUGCGAUCAAUUGUUUCAUUUGACGAUUACUUGUUCACAAUUGCUGAAUUUGAAUGUUGAAUUCUGCAAUGACUUAAGUAGUGUCUGUAUUCAUGCUGACAAUCUUGACAAGUUCGCGUACAAGGGACACAAUGUAAAUAUCGAGUACAAAUAUGCACCAUUUCUUGAUAUAAUCCGUGUUUAUUUCACGGAGAUGGAUGAAUGCCCUCUAGACUUCAUAAGUGCGCUUCCUAAGCUUCCAAAGUUGGAAACGUUGAUCUUGCAAUGUCCUGCGCCUGUACAAGUACCUCGUGCGCUGCGGCACACUUUCAGGUUUACUAAUUUGAAGAUGAUCGUCUUCUUUCUGCUGAAAUCUUGGAAAGAGUGCAUUUGCUCGCUUGCGUAUCUCCUUAAAGCAGCUCCGUUACUCGAAUACUUCGGGGUGCAUGGGUUUUCCAAGCUUAAGGAACAACCUAAUGAGCUCAACAUGACAUGGCCUGAGGAUUUGACAUUUGCGAGGCUCCACAUUAUCGUAAUCAAAGGGUUUAGCGGGGAACCGGAACUGAUGGAGCUCCUCUACUUUCUGCUGAGAAGGGCGCCCGCACUGAAGAGCUUGCAAGUCGAGACGCGUGCAUAUGAGCCAUUUUUCGUCAGGAAGGAGAAGCACAAGUCGGAAGACCAAGAAAGGUGCCGUUACGCUACGGAGAUGGCCUCGACCCACCUGGCUCCUAAGGUUCCAUCCACCGUGGCGUUCAGCAUCACCUGA